AUGGCGUGCACCAUCGCCGGGCGAUGGUGCAGGCCGUCGCCGGGCGAUGGCCAGGCCGCCGCCGGGCGAUGGCCAGGCCGCCGCCGGGCGAUGGCCAGGCCGCCGCCGGGCGAUGGCCAGGCCGCCGCCGGGCGAUGGCCAGGCCGCCGCCGCCGUCCGAGAGCCAAAGAAGGACCCGAUAAUGGUGGCAGGGGAAAGAGUAAGCCUAUUAUAGCUGAAGCUGAUUUUGAGGAGUCGGGACAGCGAAAUAUUCGAAAGCGUGGUGUGAGUGCCUCAGUCCGACGACACAAGAAGGGGGCUCCUGCUAUUGAGGGAGCUAGUGAGACGCCAGUCGAUGAUCAGAUACAGGAUGAUCGGAUGGAGGAUGAUGACAUGGAAGAUGAUCGGAUAGACGAUGCUGAUUUUGAGACUUCUGAGGACGAGAGUUUAGGACCAAUCGUGAACAUUCGACGGAGAAAGGGGAAAGAUGGACGGUUUGUUGCUGAAACGUCAUCAGUGACGAGUAGAAGAGCCAGGACUGAAAUACCUGCUUGAACUGUUAGUGAUCCAGUGCCAGGUGGACCUGAGGACAAGAGUAUUAUUCCCAGUUUCCUUGGACAUGUCGCUUAUGGAAUAUGGACAGGGAAAGAGGAGCGAGGCACUCUGAAGUGUCAGAGUAGACAUGCAGUUUGUAAGAGGUUGUCAGCAUCGCAUCAUGACGCCUCGGACGAGGUCAAACACCUGAUAGCCGAGAGUGGUUUGGCAGGCCUUCGUCUUCGUAUUCUUUCGUGCAAAAGAAUCUAAAUCUGUGUGCGACCCUCUAUAUCUCUCACCCCGACAACAUCUCAAAAGUUUUACCAACCCCCCUUUCUUGUGAGACGAAAUAACCAGCUCAAACCCAAUCCGUAUAGCAAUUCCCUUUGCCCAAUUUAUUGCUUCGGUAUCACUUUCAAACCCGUUUUCAUAAAAAAACCGUUCACUGUAAUCGAUACCGUCACUGCCAUAAUCUUCUAAA